UAAUCUGUACUCUGUACUGUAUAUGAGAAUCAUUAUUGCGCCAUUAAAUAAACAUUUGCAGAUCAAACAUUACAAACUCUCUUUGCAUUCUGAAACAAAGAGAAACAGGUUCUACUGAGAUCUCAGGUAUCAACAGAAUUUCUGUUUUGAGAUUAAUCGCAUUUGUAGUUUAGUUGCUUUUCAACUUUUGGUGCGAUUAAAUCGGUCUAAAAAUAAAGUUACGCUUAUCGGCAAAUAUGGAAUUUGUGCAACUAACAAUUUUUUUAUUGUUGUUGUGUUUCUCUUUAGCCUUUUAUUGGCUAAAACAACAACAACAAUACUGGUCUAAACGAAAUGUUAAAGAUGUACCAAAUUCAAUAUUCUACUUUGGACGUACACAACAUCUUGCUAACUUCUUGCAAAAUAUAUACCAACGCUUCAAGGAUAGUGGUGAAAUAUUUGUUGGAAUAUUUUCCAUGUUUUCCCCUACUGCACUGAUGAUUGACUUAGACUUAAUCAAGAAUGUGUUUAUUACCGAUUUUGAAUAUUUUCCAGAUCGAGGUUUCUAUCAUAAUUUGAAAGAUGAUCCAUUAUCUGGUAAUAUAUUGCGCAUGGAAGGUGAACCAUGGAAAAGACUGCGAGCGAAAUUGACUUCUACAUUUUCUUCCGCUAAAAUGAAAUAUAUGUUCAACACAGUAUUGAAUAUAGGUGAAAAUUUCCAGCACUCUAUGCAAAUUUUACUAGCCAAUGGUGCGGCGGAACUUGAAAUGCGUGAGUUAUGUGCCAGAUAUACCACCGAUGUGAUUGCGUCUGUGGCUUUUGGAUUGGACUUCAACACACUACAGAAACCUCAAACAGAGUUUCGCAAAAAAUGUGACAAAGCAUUUAAUAGUUUUAAUUUAUUUGUGGAAAAUGUAGGAGUAAAAUAUAUAAAAUUAUUCCAGUCCCUUCAUUUUCGUGCAUUUCCGAAAGAUGUCAACGAUUUUUUCCAUAAAAUUGUGACAGAAAAUAUUGCUUAUAGAGAAAAUAACAAUAUAAAGCGCAACGACUUUCUGGAUCUUUUAAUUGAGUUAAGAAACACAAAAUUGGAAAAUGGAGAAAAUAUGUUGUCCAUAGAAGAAAUUGUGGCACAAGCAUUUGUGUUUUUCAUUGGCGGCUUCGAGACUAGUUCAAGUACUAUGACUUUCUGCCUAUUUGAAUUGAGUCAAAAUUUGGAAAUACAGGAAAUAGCUAGAAAGGAUGUUUUGGACACCUUAGCAAAACACAAUAAUGAGUUAACUUAUGAGAGCUUAAAAGAAAUGAAGUACUUAAAUAAAGUUUUACAUGAAACGCUACGUAAGUACCCUGUUGGUCCUACUCUGAAACGUAUGACUAGAAAGGACUAUAAAAUACCAAAUUCAGAGCAUAUUAUAUGUGAAAAUACAAUAGUGGUUAUACCAGUAUAUGCUAUACAUCACGAUCCAUCGAUUUAUCCAGAACCAGAUAAAUUUGAUCCAAUGCGUUUUAGCACAGAUGCAGUGUUAAGUCGCCAUCCAAUGGCCUAUUUACCAUUCGGUGCGGGACCAAGAAUUUGUAUUGCUCAAAGAUUUGGUAUAAUGCAAACAUCAUUAGGGCUGGCUAUGUUAUUGAAAAAUUUCCGAUUUUCCAUUACUGAUGAAACUCCAGAUAAACUUGUGUUUGAUAAAAGAAAUAUACGUGGAUUAAGCGUUGCGGGGGGCAUUAAACUGAAGGUAGAGAAAAUAUGAAAACUUUGUGCAAGAAAAUUAAUAUAAAAUUUUUAUUUUGAUUAACUGUAAUUUAUUGAUUUACUUCAUUUCAAAAUUACUUAUUUAUUUACUAAAUUGGAGCUAAAAACACUCCAAACUGAUUGGUAUUAAUAUAUUAGAGAUAUUUUUAGCUGCAUUGCAAUUUCAUUGUAAGAAAUUUUAUGAACAGUUUUGGUGUUGAUUUAAUGAUACGAUAAAUAUUAUCUCAAAUU